CCCAUUUACUGUCAUAGAACAGUAUGGUAUUGCUUCGUUUGUGGAUCUGAGCUGACACUUUUCUUGUAGGUUCGUUAUGGAAGAUCUGGGCUUCUAUCCGGUUUUGUUGGACAGCCCUGUUAGGACGGACUCAAAGGUCACUCUUCACGAUUUGGAGAAUUCACUCGCUAGUGCGACGGCAGCAUCAUAUUGGGCUGCUCUGUACACAAAGAGUGGUGGUAUGAAGGACAGCGAUCCUUCUAAUGCUGCAAAUGGUAAUUAUAAAGUCGCUGCGGCGGCAGGGAAUGCUACGAUGGAGUAUCAACACACCGUAAUGAGAUUAACAAUCAACCUCACACCGCUGCUCAUGGGCCAAGUUGCUUCCAUCCUCCUCUUCAUCCUUGUCUGGUGCCUGAUUGGGCGGCCGGUGAGGAGUGAUUCUGGGAUCGAAACAGUGGGCCUGCUCCAGAUUGUAUGGUUCAUUCACCAGCGGCCGGAGUUGCAGAGGAUCAUCGCAGAUGUGGAUAGGCCGACGAUAGAGAAUCUAAGGAAGGCAGGGAUGGUUAAUAUGUCGUUGGACGGGGCGGGAGAAGAGGCGAGACCACUUGCUGGGGUCGGAGAGUAGGGCGAUGGCUAUAGAAUGGCUAUUUGGGUUCCGUUCAAAUUCCUGCUACGUUAGUAGAAGGU